GCGUUUGACGUCAGCAUCCCGGCAGUCUUCAGCAGAUUCAAGGCCUGGCGCGAGUCGGACGACAGGUCCACGUGGUCUUCUGGCCCGUUCGACGACGGGUGCAUCCCGGACGAGCCCGACCAGGACCGCUAUUGGCUCCUCCAGCCCAACGACCGCUACAAUUUGACCAUGUUCGCCUCGCCUCCGAAGCACCAUCGGCUCUUCUAUUUCAGCGAGUUCGAAGACUCGGUCCGUCUAGACAUCUUCCUGACCCAGCCCUUCAAGCUGCAGGUCUACGUGGACGGCGUGCUGCUCGGGGACGAGUACGAUACCACAAUCGCAUGCGCGUCGUGCGACUCGCCGGCCCCGGCACCCGAGUCGGAGCCCGAGUCGGAGCCCGAGUCGGAGCCCGAGUCGGAGCCCGAGUCGGAGCCGGAGUCGGAGUCGGAGCCGGAGUCGGAGCCGGAGUCGGAGUCGGAGCCGGAGUCGGAGUCGGAGCCGGAGUCGGAGUCGGAGCCGGAGUCCGAGGCGGGGACGCCCAGCCCGACCCCGAGCGCGUCGCGGGCGGAGGCCCGGCUGCCCGUGCUGUCCGACCCCCACGGCUCGUACGCCUUUGACCCCCACGCGCGCCGCUUCUAUGCGGGCCGCUGGCGCGGCGUGUGGCGAGACUGCCGCAGCAACCUCUUGUGCCAGUGGUCCUGGUGGAUUGUUGGAUUGGCUGGGCGUGCUGUGCAGCGCAUGGAAGGGAGCGGCCACUUCCAUGGUCUCAUGGACAGGUGGGAUGCCUGCUGGCUAUGCCUGCGGCGGUUUCGCUUGGGGUGGUACCUGCUGAGCUUGUCCAGCGUGGAGUUGCACUCCUAUCGGCGGUUCCCUGGGGCCGUGGCGAGCCAGAUGUUCGGCAGCGUGCUCUGA